ACCUGCUCGGGUCUCUGCGCUGUCGUCCUAGAAUGGCCGCUGCUGCUGCAGGGAUAAACAAGCAGGGCACCGUAGCGACGAUGGAGCCCUGUAUCCGACACGGGAGAGGAGCUAAUGGAAGCACGGUUAAGGUGCUGGAGUGUGGUGUGUGUGAGGAUGUCUUCUCUCUCCAAGGGGACAAGGUCCCUCGUCUUUUGCUCUGCGGCCACACAGUGUGCCACGAUUGUCUUACCCGGUUGCCCCUGCAUGGCAGAGCGGUCCGCUGUCCCUUCGACAGGCAGGUCACUGAACUGGGGGAUUCUGGAGUUUGGGGUCUGAAGAAGAACUUUGCUCUGCUCGAACUCUUGGAGAGACUCCAGAAUGGAGCGACCAACCAGUCAGGAAUGGCAGAGGACGCCCUGAAAGGCAUGGGAGAAUGUAUAAUUCGCUGUGAUGAGGAUGAGAGCCACACAGCCUCCAUGUACUGUACCGUGUGUGCCACCCACCUGUGUGGUGAGUGCUCUCAGCUCACCCACUCCACUCGCACACUGGCCAAACACCGGCGGGUGCCGCUGGCUGAUAAGCCUCAUGAGAAGACCCUCUGCCCGCAGCAUCAGGUCCACGCCAUCGAGUUUGUCUGCCUGGAGGAAGCUUGUCAGUCCGGGCCCCUCAUGUGCUGUGUGUGUAAGGAGUACGGAAAGCAUCAGGGCCAUAAGCAUGCUGUUCUUGAAACUGAAGCCAAUCAGAUUCGUGCAUCCAUUCUGGACAUGGCCCACUGUAUCCGAACCUUCACAGACGAGGUGUCCGAGUACUCAAGGAAGCUGGUGGGCAUCGUGCAGCAAAUAGAAGGCGGCGAGCAGAUAGUUGAGGAUGGAGUAGGCAUGGCACACACUGAACAUGUCCCCGGCACAGCAGAGAGCGCUCGCUCCUGCGUCCGAGCUUACUUUGCAGAUCUUCACGAGACCCUGUGCCGGCAGGAGGAGAUGGCACUGAGCGUGGUGGAUGCUCACGUCAGGGAGAGGCUCAUUUGGCUGAGGCAGCAGCAGGAGGACAUGACCAUCCUGCUGUCUCAAGUGUCCACCGCCUGCCUGCACUGUGAGAAAACACUUCAGCAGGACGACUGCAGAGUUGUGCUGGCAAAGCAGGAGAUUAACUGUUUGCUGGAGACACUUCAGAAGCAGCAGCACCAGUUCACUGAGCUGGCAGAUCACAUUCAGCUGGAUGCUGGCAUCCCCGUCACCUUCACUAAGGACAACCGGGUCCACAUUGGUCCAAAGAUGGAGAUUCGUGUAGUGACUCUGGGGCUCGAUGGAGCUGGAAAAACCACCAUCCUCUUCAAGCUGAAACAAGAUGAGUUCAUGCAGCCCAUCCCAACCAUUGGUUUCAAUGUGGAGACAGUUGAAUAUAAGAACUUAAAAUUCACCAUCUGGGAUGUAGGUGGAAAGCAUAAGCUCAGACCCCUCUGGAAACACUAUUAUCUAAACACUCAAGCGGUGGUGUUUGUGAUUGACAGCUGCCACAGGGACAGACUCAUGGAGGCCCACAGUGAGCUGGCCAAACUGCUGACAGAGAAGGAGCUGCGGGAUGCCUUGCUGCUCAUCUUUGCAAAUAAGCAGGACGUUCCCGGCGCUGUGUCUGUGGAGGAGAUGACAGAGCUGUUGAGUCUGCACAAGCUGUGCUGUGGGAGGAGCUGGCACAUUCAGGGCUGUGACGCCCGUAGUGGGAUGGGCCUCCACGAGGGGCUGGAUUGGCUUUCCAGACAGCUGGUAGCUGCCGGCGUCCUGGACGUCGCCUAAAUGUCGCCUCCCUGCACGUGUGAACUCUUUCCCCCCACCCACCCCCCCCCCUCACCCUCUGAACCUGGUUCAUCAGUUCUCCAAAAACCUUCUACUACGAGCUUCAUGACAAGGCUGCAGCUUUAAAUACGACCUCUCCACCUUUCCGUCUUUGAGCACCGUUAUCGGCAAAGAAAGCAAAGACGUUAAUACUUUCUGUAGCUUCACAACGUGGGAACUGCAGAGGUGCUUCUAAGCCUGUCCUUCCUGCCACUCCCAACCUCUGGCAAAUAAACUCACUGGGCCUAAAACCAGAGUUGAGACUGCAUACACCCAUCCUGGUUCAUGCCUAAUACACUCUUAACACAUUGCUUUAAUUCAGUUUCUUUAUUGUGUAGGUGAUGAGGUGUUUAUCUGGCAUCUAUAGCUUUUUAACUUAGGUCCAGUUAAAUGUUACAAAUGCUCUUUAUGCCCUGACAAAGUGAACUGUAUCUAACUUUUCUACCCCACGUGUUACUCAUCAUAACCACCCCCCCAUCCGUGACCUUGAACUGGACUCGAGUGGUCCACGUUGUGAUGACAGUAUCAUUUAUGUCCCUUUUUAUUAGUUCCAUAAGCUUCAGAUAGUCCAGAUAGAUAACUAUAGUGAUCUUUCAGUUUAUUCCAGUACACUUGCAGGUUAAGUGAGAUGGAACAGAAACAUUAGCUAUGGUUUAAAGGGGACCUAUUAUGCCCACUUCCAGCUCCAUGGUUUUAUUCUUGGAUUUGUUUAGAGUAGCUUUGCAUGAUUCCCAGUUCAGAAUGCAGCUUACUGAUCUUUAUACCCCGGUGACAGCCGUCGUGAAGCAUUUAUUCGGGCAGUUGUUUUAAAGCAUUAUUUAAAUUAAUUUUAAUCAAACAGGUCAGCGGAACAUAAACGCUACACAUAUAGAAUCAUCGGUCAACGCGGAUACAAAUGUUUAAAGUUUGGUGACCCAGAGUAAGUUUUCAAAAACUUUUUUUUUUUUUUUUUCUCCCCCCCCUGGAAGUUGUCCACUACAUCUACUGUUCCUCCCAGAGUUCAAUUCAGGAUUCUUUGGGUGCCACAUGUAACACUUCUGGUUUGGUGCAGCUCCACAUUUUUGUCCGAAGCGAGCUGUUUUGCUCCUCUCCGUGUAGGUCAACUGCUGAUCGACGGCCUUCUGUGUUCACAGCCUGUAUGACCAUAUUAGGUAUAUCCUGUCACACUUAGUGGUAGAGGAUGGAUGGAUGGACUGAUAUCAUAAAGAGCCAACCUUAUUACAUGACACCACUCUGAUGACAUAUAUAUGUAAGGGAAAGCAUAAUAGGUCAACUUUAGUGGCUUCAAGCCGAUGGCCAAAUUUGGCCUUGUCAUCGAACGUAAGCAAUAGCAGCUGAUUUUUCUUCGGGUCUUUGUGUAAUUUUUAAUGUGUGAACCUAUUUAAAAGCCACAGUUGAUGAGGUUUGGUUUGAAUGUAGUGUUUUCUGUUACUAAACAAACUGUUUACCGAGCUCACUGAUGAGCGGGAGAGCAGACUUUACUUUGAUAUGAAGGCGGAGAAAAGAAAAUCAGAGUUUUUAAAUGCACCGAUUCUGCCUCCGUUUUGUGGAGUGUACCGCACGCAGAAUUUGUCGACUACACUUGUUUGCUGCCUCGCUACAGAGUUUUCAUUUGAAAGCAAAUGAACUAUCUGCUGUUUCUUAAAUGGACCGAGUGUUAACCUCAGUCCAAAAAAAAAAAAAGUCUUGUGAAAAUAUUCCUCUUACACAAGUUUUGUCUGGAGUGCUUUUGAGAUGGUCCACCGUUAAUCAGCCUUCAGUGAUUAUAUAAUGUGAAAGUAGUGAAACAUUAAACCUAACACUUACACUUGUCUUGUUAUCGAGGAACCAUCAUUUGAGUUUGAGUUGAUCUUUAUUCAUUGCUAUGUAAUGUUAACUAUUUGUACUUAUGUAUAAAAAUAUUUUAAAAAAAUGCACGUGUGAAAAGCCUUUCCGCAUAGUUUGUGACAUCAUUUCCAGUUUUUGUUUUUUAACGUAGAAGCACAAAGUGCAUUGAAACCUUUGUUACCAGUGGACUUGAUUAUGGCUUUUGUAAAUUAUACACAAUGUUAUGCUCU